CUCUCUGUCUGUCUCUGACGCUCGCGGAGGCUCUCUCUCGAAAGCCGCUUUGACAGCUCGGAGCAGCUCACGCGGGCCGGAGGUCAGGUCUGCAUAUUGGAUCUUUUCUGUAGAACGUGCGCAGCCCCUCGCGCGCUGUUAUCUGCGGUGAAGAGCUGCGGCGGUGGAUCUGAAUAGCUUCCUUCGUGUGAGACCUUCAGCUUCUUGAGAGCUACUUCUCUGAGAGUUUCUUUUGGUUUAAUCGGGGGAUUUAAACACCGAGAGCGCUGUCGAUCACAGGGAGCAAGGAAAAAUCUGGAAAGGUGAGUUUAUUAACAGUCAAAAACUCGGGCAAAGUCUUUUUGUAGAAAAGCUCGACUGAUGUCAGGAUGAGUAGCAGAAACAUAAACUAGUUCAGUAUAAUAACGUCUUAUUUUUAUCCCAGCUAAACCAAACCUUUCUUCUGUAAUCUCAUAUCAAGUUGGUUUUUCUUACAUAUAAUUUCUUCCAUUUUGUAUUUUUGUGCGUUGCAUGCAUUCAUAGUUCAGUAUUGCACACUGGUUGCCCUCAGGUAGCUGGCCACCUCAGAUGACACUCCAAAACUCUCAUAGUUAUAAAUUAUGACUGGCUAUUUUUUCUUGUCAGUAUCAAGUUUCGCAUUAAAAACUGUGGGCUGUGCUGCAACAGGCUUAAGUUAGUCCUCUUUGUUUUACUGUCAGUCCUUAAGAAAUCAGGUGUAUGCUUUCCAUAUGUUGCAACUCAGUUUUCAAGUUAGAAAAUCUACAAUCUAGGGCUGGGUGAUAAAACGAUAAUGAUAUAUCAAAAAUGAAUGUCCCUCAAUAUCAAUAUAAAACGCGGUCAAUAUGCUUUUCGAUAGUCGGCAUUCUGACAUGUUUUGGUAAACUAUGCGAAUAGCCAAUGAAAAGGGCUGAAUUAGGACCAAGCAACAAACAACUUCAUAGUAGCAGGCUGCAGCUAUACGUAACUAUAGCACUUUAACACGAGGAGCCGAUAGCACAGUCUGUGACAAAAAAAGAGAAUGAGUUCUACCCCCGGCAGAAAUGCAGAUAAAGGCUUAAUAGAGGAUGACAUUGUUCACAACACUGGCACGAAAACGUUGGUGGUGUGGAGGGUUUUUUUUUUUUUUGAGGUCGGACAUGAAGCAAAGUAGUGUGCACCACAAAUUAUGCUCAGUACAUGAUCUUGCAAAGUCGGGGUAUACCUCAAAUCUUUUUCACCACCUGAAAUAGUGCGAUGUGGCAGAGCAUGAGCAAUGUGAUAGGUUAAAAACCCAGAGCAAGGAGGUCAUGGCAUCUGUGCAGCGGAAAUAGCCGAUCAUUCUGCUCUCUGUAGCGCAACACCUUUCGACAAAACGUCAGAGAGACACAAAGACCUCACAGAUGCAGUAGCUUAUUGUAUUGCAAAAGACAUGCCACCAAUAAGCACUGCUAAAUUUACUUUUUUUUUAUAUCGUGAUGUAUAUCAAUAUUGACUGAUAUGAAAAAAAUAUAUCAUUAUAGACUUUCCCCAUAUUGCCCAGCCUUACUACAAACACAUGAGUGUUACAUAUUUAAUAUGCUGGAGGGCACAGUCUAGAAUUAGGAAUAUUCAGAUAAAUCCAGAGGUAAGGUUUAGUUUUUAUCGCUCCCUUGCUCACCCCUCCCAUCAGUGAAGUAAAGUUGACCUUGAAGGAUAAGAGGCUCUCCAAAAUGCUUAAAAUUCAUACAUUAGUCAAGGAUUAAACAACAAAGAUGGAUGUCAUCCAAGAUCAUUUUGCCAUCAAGCACUCAUGAAUUCCAAAAUGCGUGUGUUAUAAGUUUGUGCAUUCUGUGCUGCUGUAGAAACAUCACAGUGCAAGAUGGCGGCCACUGUGUGAGUUGACAAAGAUAUAGUGGAUUUUACGUUCAGGAGAUCAUACUUGAUUUAAUCAUACUUGAGAUAAUUGUAUUUCAUUUCUAUCAUGCUUUUUUUGCUAAAUACUGCUAAAUUCUACACACUGUACCUGUAAUGUUAUUUAUAAAAGUGCCAUACCAGGGAAAAAAAGAUUAUAUUGAUUCCAAGAACCCAUGACUGAUUAGGGUUAUAGAAAUAAUUGAACAUUUGAAGGUUAGUGAAAAGAAGAGGCGCACUAUGAUAGUUUUUUUUCAUGGGGCCCACAAUCUCCAGCAAGUGCAGAAUUAGGUGGGAUUAAAAGAGACAGGAAGGAUCGAUAAAUGCUUUUUUUUUUUUUUAACACACAUACCUCCUUGCAGAAGUCAGCGCCCAAGUUGGGCCACCCCUGUUAAAGCAGUGUGACCUCGCCCCUGUCUUGUAGACAAGUGGCAGACUUGACGGCUGUUGUCAGGGUUUGAUAGCUCUUAAAAAACAACACCAAUGAUUUAUACAGCAGGACCUCCAGCUUGUGGUUUGGUUUAUCGCCAGAGGCUGGCAGAGGUAGAGCAGAAAAACCUGCUGCAAGAAGCUGCAAACACUGACUUAAGCACUUGUCUGGUGCAGGGUGGUUAUUUCCCCAUUGCUCUGCCAGUCUGCAAAACGCUGUGUGUGUUGUGUGUUCCAGCUGAAGCAGAUUAUGGGUGUUAAUUUUCAGCAGUGGAGUCUCUGGUAUCUACUUACAAUGUAAACUGUCUGCUGCUGAGAGAGAAGAGGAGGAGGAGGAGGCUUUAAACUCAGAGAAGUCAGGAUUUUAAAUGAGUGGGAGCUCAAUGGUUUCAUUUGUUUUGAUCGCUCAUGAAUAUCUGUUCGAGGGCUUUUUGAGAAACUCUCAAGUUCUCUGAACCACAGCCCGUGAAACUCAGUAUGAAGGGCCCUCAAACCAGACCAAAAAGUGGAGCAAGAACAAGUUGGUCAGCCGGGCAUGCAGCACCAGGAUAAAGCUAUGAUACAUGUGUGUCAUUCAGUCCUUGAAUUUCAAAGUGUAAGUAAGCUGAACUAAAAUAGAGCGAUAAUAUCACAGAAUUUCUCACCACUUGGUUUCUUGAAAGUGGUACCUUUCUGAUCUGGAUUCACGUUUACUCAUCCAGAUUCAGAUUCAAACAGGAGGUGAAAAUCACAGUCUUCCAGCAAAGUCAAAGAGAAACAACACUGACAUUUAGAAAAAGAACAUCGAUGUUGUGCUUGGAUAAUAAGCCAAAUAGAUAUCAUCAGUUUGAAGAGAAGUAUCUCCCACUGGUGUUUUGGUGGGUUUUCUUGUAUGCAGAUAAACUUUCCAUGUGGCUGAAAGUGGUAACACAUCAGCUGAAUUUCCACUCCAGUUCAGUUCUCAACUUCAAACACUGACCAACACAUUGGCCUCGAUACACAUAAUCGGAGGAGGAAAAUUAUUAUCAAAUAACAGCUGAUCGAAGGUUGAAGGUUGUAUCGUGACAAUAAUUAUCUCCAGGAAGUAAAGCCUAACCCACAUUUAGGUCAUGACUUGGCAAACAGACGAACACUGUUUUUGAGUAGACCACAUUAUCUCUGAUCAUGACCUAAACUUCACUAGGGCCACCAUACUAAAACCCCUUUGUGUUCAUGCUGUGCAGCCAAACGCCUAAAAGCCCUUUCUUGAACUGUGAUGCUACUCGCUGUGGCUCGAAUGCUUCAGGUUUUAUAGAUUUUAUUACAUGGUAUCAGAGCAAAGAAUCGGCAAAAAUAUUGUUUUAUUUAUGCCACGAAGCAGCCCCAGCUGUACCCUGUUUGGCCCGCUGCAAUAAACCUGCCUUAUAAAUGUGUUACUCUAUCUCUGUGUCUUUUUGUGAGCAUGUGUGUGAGAGAGUGUGUGAGUGUGUGCAGGGGCAUUUGAGUUCAUGCAAUAUCAAAUGUCUGUCUCUGCCACUUUACUGUAAUUAGAUUAUAAUACUGUCUUGUUAGCUUGACAGUGAAUACAGACACCUGUCUGUCUGUGUGUUUGCUGUCUGUGAGUUUACCACACGCCUGACUUAGCCUAUCGUAUCUUAUCAACAUUAAACUCUUCUCUGUUUAUUUAGUGGGUGAAAUCUGCUCGUAUGUUUGCUCAAAAAGUGAUUUCCUCUCCAUUUCAGGACAACCUAAAACCCAAUAGUUUGAUAUAUUAACAGCAUGAACAGUGUUUGAAAUUGUCUGGUUGUCUUUAAAAAAGACAAACCGAAAGUGUUUUGUGAGUGAAAAGUAUCUUUCACAUCCCAUUUUGUUCUGAACGAAGUGAAACCACGUCUGUAGAAAAUACGUCUGUUUCCCACAGCGCAGCCCCUUAUCCCACAUGAGUUUCUCUCCACCACACUGUCUUUUCUGACUUUAACUGGGAGGUGACAUUAAACUUUCAAAACUUGCUUCUUGUGGGUUCAAGAAAGCAAGCAGCCAUCGAUGAAUGAUAACAAAUAAUUGUAAUCACAGUUUAAAGGGAUAUUCCAGCAUAAAAUUAAUUUAGGGUUAAACACACCGUAACACCGAGUUAGACACCCCCAUCGAGAGAUGACUGUUGCCGGCUGCUUGCUUCUCUAGUUAUAACAACUUUAGUAACAACCGCAGAUAGCAAUACACAGCGGUCUGAGGAGCCAUAAACAAACCUCAACCAAAACACCACUCUAUAUCCACAAAUAAUGCUCAGAACAGCACCUAACUUCAUCAACAGUACAGAUAGGGUCCCAGCCACAGCACUAGCCACCAAACAUCUUUUUAACUUUGCCUGAUUUCUUUAGCAAAGAGACUAAACACAACUCACCUACUCUCUUCCAGCAGCCGCUACGGACUGCUGUGGGGUGACGCAGCUCAAGGAAGAACAUUUAUGAUCAUUUCUUUAUCAUUUCUUUGAAGUAAUAAUCACCAUAUUAAUAAUUUUGCACUGCAGACACAGUAGUUCCUCUGCCUUAGCAUCUCGGUCUGAUUGCAUUUCCAUGAAGAAAUGAUGAAAAGAGUGGGUGAGUUGUGUUUGGUCUCUUAAGAAAUCAGGCAAAGUUAAUAAGAUGUUUGGUGGCUAGUGCUAUUGCUGGGACCCUUUAUGUGCUGUUGAUGAAGUUAGGUGCUGUUCUGAGCAUUAUUUGUGGCUAUAGAGUGGCUUUUUGGUUGAGGUUUAUUUAUGGCUCCUCAGGCCGCUGCAUAUUGCUAUCUUGCAGUCGUUACUUAAGUCGGUAUAACUAGAGAAGCAAGCAGUUGGCAACAUUCAUCUCCCGAGGGGAUGUCUAACUCUGUGUUACGGUGUGUUUGAAAUUAAUUAAUUUUAUGCCAGAAUAUCCCUUUAAGUCAUGGCUGUUUUAUUUAAGUGUUCCAGUGAAUCAUGACAGAGUGACAACGAGCCAGCAUGCACCUGAUACUAAGGUGGUUAAAUCAAGCUCAGCUAUUAUUAACUUUCAUUUUUGCACCUUUUCUUUUCCUGCUGUGACAUGUCAAAGUAACUUCCAGGAAACUUGGGUUGGGUUCAAACUAGAAAAUCAGCUCAGUCCAUAAAGUCUGUUUAUCAAAUUGAUUUUUUUCAAGAUCUCUACCAGUAAUUCCUCUUGUUUCCUCAUUCAGAUGCCGACACAUUUGCGAUGGAUCCUGAUUGGUCGCUAGGUCCCAGCUGUCUGUCCAGACAAGCAUGGAGCGAGAGGGUUCGUUCAGGAGGUAAGAGCACACAGACUCAAAAACGCCUCUGAGUGCAGCAGCUCCAACCUCAUUUUUCUCUUUUUGCUCCCGUCCUCCGGGACGCACAAAAAGGUAGAUGAAAGUGGAAAAACAGACACACAAAUACAGUCGCACACAUUCCUCAAUGACCUCAUUCGUUCUUUCAUUCAUGCAAACAUCCCUCUUAUCCUCCUUUGUCAAGUAAUUAGACCGCAGCGUUUUCUCCCACAACUCUUCCUGUUGUUUCAGAGCCAAGAACAAAAAGUGUUUGUCUUCUGUGUUACAACAGCCUCUAUCAGCUGAUGUUGUCUUUUUGCUGUGAUUUCAGGUAUUACUUUAUGAACUUCUUGCAGUUCGGGAUUUUAUCUCAGUCUCUGUAUCUUUUCUUUCCUGUUUUGAUUUAUUUAUGAGAGAUUUUGAUUAUUUCUUUUGCAGGGAGUUCAGGGACUCACCCUCACUUUGACCCAUGAACUGUGUAUUUGUGUCGCUGUGUGUGUCAGUGUCUCGCUGUAUGUGUGUUUAUGCCCAGGGCUCCUGUUUCUUACACUGACCUAUUUAUAUGGAGUUGAACUGAGAUCCAGGUUGACAGACAAACCUUAAAAACACACAUACACACACCUUUUCUCCAUUUCCUGAUAUAUUUGUGUAGGCCUCUGACUGUCUAUCUCUUCCUUUUACCUUACCCACUUUCUAUCAGUCUUUUUGGCUCCUUUUCUUUUUGUUUUCUGUCAUUAUUCGCAUGGCAUGAAUCAUCACCAGCUCUGUGAAACCAGUGGAAAGGGUCAAAAGAAGCCGAAACUACAUUUAAACCAAUAAAACAGUGAUGAAAAAAAAAAGAAAUCAUCUGUGGGAUAAGAGCCUGAAAGCUUGAUCUGUCUUUGGAUUCACACAGAAAGAAAGAGAAGAGGAGGAAGUGACAUGUGUGUCACCUUUAAAUCCUUCCUCUCCCUCUUGGCAGCUCUUGAACCUCAAAGGGUUCCUUUGUUCGCCUGGCACAAAAGCUCACCGGGUCACAUGGUCACCGGUUGGCAUAGACUGGCAGAGGGAGAAGGAGAAAAGAGGGUAGCGAGGAAUAAAAGCAGUUAAGGUAGAAGGAAAAGAAAAGAGGUAGAAGAGGAAAAUAAAAGCAGGAAGGGCUGUUUAUAAAAAAAAGGGCUGAGAAAGUUGAAGCUGAGACACAUUUUUUCCUCCAAACCUUCAUCCAAGUCUUGUUCUUUAGUCCAUGGGACACACACUCAUGGAGUGGGGAUAUGUGGUGCCUUUUCAGUUCCUAGAGUAAGUACUCCAUGUGGAAAUGUGAGACUGUGUGUGUUUCUACAAAGUCUGUUCUUUGAGCUCUAAGACUUGCAAAAAAUGGUAAUUUGUAGUAUGAAUGAAGAAGUCUUCUGUUUCAAAAAAAAAAAAAAAAAAACUUUAUUUACACGUCUUUUAUGGACAGGAGAGACAAUUUUAGCUGUAAUAGAAAAAAACUUAAAGAUACGUUACAUUUGCAUACAUACAUGAAUAUAAAUGUGCAGUUAAUAUUAUGCUGUCUAAUGUAAGGAACGUAAUAUUCACUUCACAUAUUGCAGUGAUACUUUACCUACAUUUUUAUUUUCUAUUCUCUCAAACUGACUUCGUUUUGUAUCUUGUUCCUCUCCUUUAAAGUUGAAAGGUCCUCACUGAAUAACUCAGUGGUUCUCAAGUCCAGUCCUCGAAGCCCACUGUCCUGCAUGUUUUGGAUGUUUCCCUGCUCCAACACACCUGAUUCAAAUGAUCAGCUCGUUAUCAAGCUCUGUAAUGGCUUAAUAACGAGCUGAUCAUUUGAAUCAGGUGUGUUGGAGCAGGGAAACAUCCAAAACAUGCAGGACAGGGGGGGCUCGAGGACUGGAUUGAGAACCACUGGAUUAAGUGAACCUAUCUCAACCAUCACAGCUCAACAAUACUCUCAAACCUUUUAUCCAGGACUGAAGGCCAAAAUGUCCUCACUAUCCCCUUUUCAGAAACUCCAGGUCUGCACUUGACAAAACUAUGAGAGCACACAAAACACACUGAAUAAAUCCAAAGAUUCAUUCAAUUGUGAUUUAUAAUUUGAAAAACUGCCUCAACUUCAUCGCUCCUCCUUUUUCUUCUGCUUCACUCUCAAUUUCUUGUUGGUUUGUUUCUUUCUUUGGUGCUUUGUCUUCUCCUCUGUCUAUACCUCCAUAUGCCCAUACUUUGCUCUUUGUUUAUCACUUAAUGCUCCUCAAAUCUCCAUCCUUCACAUCACUCCCUCACACUCCGCCCUUUCACGCUAAGUAUAGUUUGAGUUGAAAGCAUGUAUACCUCUCUCUCUCCUUGUUUUCUUUUCUGUUUUUUUACUUAUUCCACCUUACUCUCUCUCUCUCUCUGUUUUUCCUCUUUCCUGGCUUUCCUCUCCUCCUGACAGUGCUGUAUGUCUCCAGAGCCGUAGAUCAGCUUAUGCAAACAUUAGCAGAUGGCUAAUAAAACCUGUCACCCAUCAAUAAAUGCUAGCAUUGUCAUCUGUUUCAGAUGCUUUCUUUAUAACCUUUCUCAGAUUUGUUUUCAACUGGUCGUGAGUUUCUGUAGGUGGAAAGUAGGUUUGGACUUGGCUCCACCAGUAUCAUCCAAAACCCACAGUGGACUUGAAAUCGUGCAUAUUUAUAUUAUUUCUGUUUUUCUGUGUUUUGGAUUUCGAGGAGCCUCCACAGUAAGCUGAGGUUGGGAGGUGGCUCGUCCUCCAGCCUCACUGACCUCUCGCAGUCGAAAAAUACUGGAGGGGGAGGUGGAGGAGGAGGAGAUAAGGGAGGACUGUCAGAAGAGGGCAGCAGGGACAAAGGGACCCAGCAGAGGAGGGCUGGGGCCAACGCCACCUGGAACAGGUCAGUGUGUGAAAGACUGAUGCAUAUUUAAGUCAUACAUGUGAGCCCUGGAGUUUUAUACAUCCAUGUUUACACAGAUAUGCUUUUGUGCUGUUUCUUUGACAUCUCCAGCUGAGAGCUCUGUUUGCAGUAUUUUUUUUUAUGCUAUGAACACAAACCUUUUGAACACACAUGCAUGCACAUCAACAAUCUUUCUGUCUCUUUUGCUUCAGGGUCCAUCUCAGUCUCUUUUUAUUUCCGUACUCCUCUCCUCUUCUCAUCUCUUUCUGCUUCAAAGAUCCCUUUCUUCUCUGGUCUUUUUUCUUGUUUCUCUGGUUAUUUUUACAGCCGUUCAGCUUCAUUUUACUCAGAACAUGUAGCGAGAAGAAACAAAGUUCAUGCCCCUCCCGAUCUUUCAUGUCCUCCUCUUUAACUUUUACAUUGUGUCCACCUUUGAUCCAGUUUUCUCAUGAUUUAUAUUUUCUGAAAUCUUGAAAUCAGAUGUCUUGACAUCAGCUGGCUACAUGCACUUAAGCUGACAAACCUGGACUUCCAAGGGAAGUAAAUAAUGUGACAUCCAUCAGUCCAGCUUUCUCUGGAUGAUGCUUCAAUUUAAAACAUUUACUUUGACUUUUAUAGGUUUUAUAGAACAUAUGAACACAUAUAUCACAGUUUAAAGACAUAUAGUGUUUCAUCAAAUCAUCUAAAAAUAUUCUAUUAUUGUGUUUCCAUUAAGUACUUUUGUUUGUGAUUAUUUCCCAGCAUCCACAACGCAGUAAUUUCAGUUUUCCAGAAGAAGGAUCUUGGAGAAAAUGAACUCUACACUCUGAAUGAAGGUGUCAGGUGAGCUGUCCUGUUUUAUUUGUUUGUUUCUCCUUCUUGCUCAGUGAUUUGCACCCAUGCACAUGCCAAAUGUUGCACUUGAGCUAGUUUGUGUUUUAUGACCAGGCUAAAUGAUGGUGUUUCUCCUGUAAUUUCCCACCUUUUCUUGCUGUAAUGUUGGUUUUACUCGCCUGGGGAGACACGCUUUGUCAGAUAAUGACAGCUACAGCUUACUAAAUUCAGCUUUACAGAUUUGUUAAUGCAUGCUCACUAACAUUUCUGGCAUUUUAUGCCUUUUUGGAGAGAAUAGGACACUGAAUAAAGCAGAAACGUGGGAGAGGAUGGAGUGACAUGUGGGAAAGUGCCAAAAGGUUGAUAUCAAACGUAAUCGCAGAGUUUUCUGGCGCCCCACCAGCAACAUUUCUUGACUGUUUGUUCCUCUGAAAUAAAACAUCUUAAAGUUAAAAAGGGAAAAUAACAGGGUGAAGUUACAGGGAGGUCAAUGGUGUAUAUAUAUGUGUAUGUGUGUUUACAGUAGUGCUUUAGAGCAGCUGAGACAGUUCUGUCAAACUGACCCCAGGCAUGCACAGGAUACAUGACACAGCACAUACACACAAACAGGCUGUGCGUAUAUUUACUGUAAACAGUUUAUCCACACACAUACAAACAUACACAUGCACAUUUCUGCACUUUUUCCUGAGAGUGUCUGUCCAAAAUGGCGUUUUAUGUUUUUUUUCCCCUCAUUCUAAUCUGAACCCUUCUUAAAAUUUGAUUAUAAUGCAGUUUUGUGUGGAAAUGCUAUAACCUUUUCCCAACAUCUUUUCUCAUUUCCUGAGUCUGCUGCUGUUCAAACACUGCUCCUCUGCGGGGCUCAAGAGCUCAUUAGUUUUGGUCCACGUUAUAGAGAGUUUGUGUCAUGUCUGAGUCGUCAGUAUGAAUGUUUCCAUGUGUACUUACUUACACUCUUUGUGUGUUUGCAGACAGCUGCUGAAGACAGAGCUGGGUUCCUUCUUUACCGAGUACCUUCAGAACCAGCUGCUCACUAAGGGGAUGGUCAUACUGAGAGACAAGAUCCGCUUCUAUGAAGGUACACACAAAUGCACCUGUGUAUGCACAUAUAUCACACAUCAUUUCGUGAGCUUAACGCUAAAAAGUUUACAUGCUCAUUAAACUUGAACUAGCAUGUCCUAUUUCACCAUUUUGGUCAAGGUUGAUGACACCCUUGGGUAACCAGCUUCUUACCACAUAACAAAUGUGCAGCAAAACUAUGUAAACUCUUGUUUAUGUCUCCCUACAAUGGCGUUGGACAAAUGUACUCAGUCUAUCCAGAAACACAAUAAUUGUCUAAAAACCAUCAGAUUUUAGGUGAACCCUUGAGCUAUUACCUGGAACUGUGAGAGCUUGACUUUAUUUCUCCACCAGGAAACACAGAGUGAGUUAGAAGGAGCCAUAAAAGUGAGAACAGGGCGCUGACAUUAAUUUGUUCUGUCUAUUGUGGUUUAUGUGUGACCUUUCUUCAAGGCACCUUUGAAAUCGUAGAACACACACUGACUGUGACAGAUUUUCAGCACUGUCGUCAUGGUAACCAGACAGGAAGCGAUAUCUUGCGUCGAUUUGCCCGGAGUUAGUGAGAAAUGUAAGAUAAGACAAACCGCUGCAGACGCAUCAGUUCGGUUAAGAUGACGCUAUGAAAGAUGAAGAUGAAAGAGCAUGUGGUUGUUCUCAGGUCUGGCAACGCCUGUGGGAAUCUCUUUUUUAUAACCAUUUCCUGAGUUAUUAAUGUCUUUAUUAAGAGGAUAGGAAGAGAGGGCAAUGACAUGCAGGGAAGAAGCACAGGUUGGAGUCGACGCAUUUAAAACCACAAUUCGCGGUUUAAACUUGAGCUUUUAACUUGCGACUUUACACACAUAUCUCAAAUAUUUUUCACAUUAGAGUUCAUUGCUGUUAUCUAUUUGUCUCCUCACUCCUUUUCUCCUCUUCAUUAAAGGUCAGAAGCUGCUGGACUCUCUUGCCGACACAUGGGACUUCUUCUUCUGUGACGUCCUAACCAUGCUGCUGGCAAUCUUCUACCCUGUACAGGUACACACACACACACACACACACACACACACACACACACACACACACACACACACACACACACACUGAGAAAUACACAAACUCUGGGGCUUAUUUCCUCCCUGAAAUAUAGUGUGUUAACAUGUGUGUAUAUUGUGCUGUCAGGGAAAGGAGCCAUCUGUGCGUCAGCUGGCUCUGCUCCACUUCAGAAAUAUCAUCACCCUCAACCUGAAACUGGACGAAGCUCUGUCUCGACCCAGGGCCAGAGUUCCUCCUUCUAUUAUUCAGAUGCUGCUAAUACUACAGGUACUUUUCAUCUCUUUUUCAUCGUCCACUCAAGCACUCUUCUUGCACAGACAAACAGCCUUGACUGAUGCAGGGUCGAGAGAAGAGGGCAAAUGACAGCAGAUGGGGAAAAGAGGAGCAGAGGAUACAGGGAGCUGCAGAGUUUGUUCUUGCAAAGGGAUCUCACAGGAAGUAAUCUCAGUGUGAACACAGAGCGCAGUAAUCUUCCCAUGACCACUCAUUGCCCUCUGUGUCCCGCCUGUGUCUGAAUAUUUGUGUUAAUGUUUGUCUGCGUGAAUAAUGCAUGUUUGCACCGAUUUUUAAAGCCCCUGUAUCCCCCCGAAAAAUGAACUCAAGGAAGGUUAGUCAUGUUUCUGACCCUACUGGCAAUGUGCAGUUUGUAUGAAUUUCUAAGUGAUGAGAGAACAGAAAGAAAUAGAUGUGGAUUUUCCAAGUUAAGUAGAAUUUUAAAAGAAGAAGAAAGAAAGGACAAGAGUUUAUAACAAGUGAACAAAUGCACUCCAGUUUAUCUUCUUCUGAACCAGGUUUUUUGUUUUUUUUCUACUUCUGUUUAGAGUUUCUUGUAACAAACACCAAAUUAUUUAUUACUGUCAUUUCCUUGGGAAACAGGAAGAGGAUUGUUCACGAGUCAUUUAACUGGGGUGUCUUUCUGCUGCCCAGAAAAUACUCUGAAUUUUUCUUUUUAGUAAGACAUCACUUGAAUUCAGAUAUUUUAAUGUAUAUCCUGCAUUUUUAGGCUAUUUUUUCACGUCUGGAGCCUUUGUAAGGAGCUUUCUGACAUUUAUAAAAUUGACUAAAAAUCAUAAAUGUUCCUUUUUAUGAUGUACAAAAGCAAAAAAAGACUAAAAGCAACAACUGAAAAAGAUUAAAAGCUGAUUAUGCCUCAUAGUAAGAUGUAACAUGAAGGUGAGGGAGGAGAUGCAAAUGUGCUCUCCACUGUGUGUCUGGGAUUUUUUUUUUCCUGUUACUUUGGACGUCACUGUAGUGACUCAGUGACCCAAAACUGCUGCUUCCAGAGUCACAUUGAGGCAAGACAAGCAAACCAGACAAGUGGAAGGUAUGGAGAGUAACAUUUGAUGCAAAAGCAGAAAAAAAACAAGUUGUUUGUUUUUUUGUUUUAAUCUAUUGUGAAGAGGAUAAUUUUAUUUGAACUGUUAUCAGAGUGUGUGAGAGAGAUAAAAUCUAAGAUCGUUGUUGCUACUUCUUGUUUCAUCUGUUAGUAAUUUCCCUCUCAUUCUGUGACGCCAAUUCACAGAGGUCUGGUCUAUUUAUGUGGUUGGUUUCUGCGCUGUGGUUUUGAUGCAUGGGUUCGAUGAUUCACAGAACUAGAUUUCAUAGAUCCUUUCUUUGUUAUGUGAAGACUUUAGGUACCAUCUGGGUCCAUGUGUAUCACAGCCAGCAUGAAAAUUAGGUAACAGAAGUAUCAAAGCUUUGGAAUCUACUGAACCAGAUUCCAGCUUAAAGGAAAAGUAAAAUUAUUUUUAUUAUGUGUCCUCACACCAUCUAAAGACGUACAGAGCCAACUUUGCAACAGAAAAGAUCUUGUUUCUCAUUUUCCACGGCUCCUCAUUUAUGACACAUGACAUAAUUGAUUUUCUGGGUUAUAAUUACUUCUCUGAUCUGCGCACAAGAAUCCAGUUUACUUUAGGUCAAUACCCCAGGGUCCCCUGGAGACAGUGCAGACACAAGAAAGCCUAUCCGCAGUAAUCUGGGUGAUCUGGGCACCUCAAAAACAAGCAAAACCAGAUGCACACUCACAAAAACACCUUUUUUUCCCAUCAAAGCAACUGGUUGUGAGUGUGAAUCACAGAAACAACAGUUACCCAAGUUUUUGUAACACAGUUCCUCAUAUUGUACAAGAACAGUGUCCUGCAUGUUUUACUUUGUUUGAGCAAUGGUUAACUAUACUGUAGCUGUUGUAGCUAUUGUAGGAAACUUAGCGCAUGAAACCAAACAGUAACCAGAUGGGGAACAGAGUAGAGCACCCAAAUAAGCAGGUCAGUCAUGAAGGGAGCUCCUCCUGGACAAUCUCUUGUUACUCUGGGGCUCAUUUAGCUCCCACUAUUCUCAAACAAAAACCUUUUAGCGGCAUAAACAGAGAGGAUUGUUAGUUUUGUUUGGAUGUACAGUUUUGUCAAUGUACCCCAAAUUUUACUUAAAGGUGGGGUAGGCAGGAUCUGAGGAAGUGCCAGUUUUUGGGAGAAAUCUUGAAUGUAAACACUACCCCUCCCAACCAGAUAUAAUGCAGAUAUAUACUUCAGAUAAUUACAAAUGGGGUCGAGUCAACGUGAAAUUUCAUUUAUGUUGACCUGGCUUUUUAGCGUUUGUCUGGUUUUUCCUUCUUUUUUAUGCACCUGUUAUUCCACCAGAGUCUCCGGUAUUUACUUUGUUUUCUUGCUUGUGUUGGCAGUCGUGGCCAAAGGCGGAUUCAGACAAUUUUCUGUACUUUCUGGUUGGUUUCUACUGUCUGAUAUUGUAGCACGCUAACUUUGUUUGGGCUUGUGAACGACAAAGGGGAGCAGCGUUCACCUCACAACCAAUCAGGUUGGGGGAGGCGGAGAAUGGCUUUGUUUACAGUCAGAAAGAGCAGGCCGCUCAAAAAAUUUAAUAAGUUGGCUACACAGACAUAACAAAACCCAGCGAUAUCGUUAUAUUACCAGAUGUCAUCAAUAACUAAUAGCUACUGACUGAUAUCAAAGGCUUUUUCAUAUAUACACCACAAAAAAAUAUGUUUUUUUACUGGAAUCCUGCCUACCCCACCUUUAACUUUUUUUUUUAACAACUUUUCCCCGACUUAACAAUGAAACUCUAUUCCUAGCAUCUGUGACCAAUGAGUGAUUUGUUAAAAUGAAAGGAAACCUUCAAUGACUUUUACUGUUAUAGCACUGUAUUUCCUGUUUGCAGAUGAGAUGUGUUUAGCACUAUGUUAAUUUAGCUAACUUUCUAGAGACUUUUGAUUUCACUCAGUAUCUGGAGGAUGGAUUAAAACACAAAGUCCAUCAGAAUUCUUCCUUUCUUUCUUCUAUAACUGGUCAUGUUUUCCCGGCUUUUAGAGUUACCACCAGCAGCAGCAAACAAGUCCCACUUCCUGGCUUAUACAAACUCAUGUUUGUGUGCGUUGUGUGUCUGAUGCAGGGAGUUCAUGAAUCAAAAGGAGUAACAGAUGACUACCUUCGACUGGAGUCUCUCAUCCAAAAGGUGGUCUCUCCCUACCUCGGCACUCAUGGCUUAUACUCCAGAGAUGGAUCUUCCAAUUUGCACUGCUCUUCCUGCCUUUUAGGUAUGUGUGUAUCGAGUAAAACACAUUUCAUAUUUCAUAUUUCUAGUUAUAGCAUAUUCAACUAUAACAACUCCAACAACCCUCUCUCCAGAGAAGCGUUUGCAGCGCUCCUGGCCCUCCAAACCAGGCAACUCUGCCGCCAAGAACCCAGUGGUACGUUCCAAGAGCUACAAUGUUCCCAUGCUAACCCCUGUGGUGGAGUACGACGUUGACUCCUCCUCGGGAGGUGGCACAGGUAUUCGGCGACACUCCGUCUCUGAGAUUACUUCCUGCUUGGAGGAGACCAGCUCUGUGGCUGAAUCAACAAACACUGCCAACAACAACACCACCAGCACAUCCAGCCUUGCCAACCACUCCCCAGCUUCCACAGCCUCUGCUGCACUUUCAGGUACAGCUACACUCACAGGCUUUACUCUGAAGUGAUCAAUGCAUUAUCAACUUUUUUCACAGUUCUGCCAUUGAUUUUUCCAGGGGUGUGUCCAGAAGGUAGGCAAGGUCCUGAACUCUCUCCAUUUUUUUUCCACAGACACUGUGACCUCCAGCCAGGGCCCCCCAACCAGAGACUCUGACAGUCCUGUAGGUCCCCUCCCUCUCCACUCCCAGAAUCACUCCCCCUGCAUCCUCCCUGAGCUGUCCCCAGCCGAGGAUACACACUGCACCGGCUCGCUGGUGUCAGACUCCCCCGCAUCCUCAAGAGUGCUGGCUCACGACACGAGCUCCGGUCCCAGUCCCGCUUCCAGCCCUGAAAUCAUGAUGGACCACAUCCUGGAGUCUCUGGACUCUGAGCCAGAGCACGACGGCAUCUUUCUGGACUUCUCCCGUCGCUGUUCUGUAGGGUCAACGCACAGUGCAGAAAGCAACAGGCAGAGUGUGGCGUAACACACACACGCACAAACACCUCAAAGGAGAUCCCCUCAGACUGCUGAGUCAAUCCUGACGGUUCUCUCUCUCUCUCUCUCUCUCUCUCUCUCUCUCUCUCUCUAUCUCUGUCUCUCUCUGUCCUGUUGUUUUAUAGACUUAACAACAUCAGGGAUUCUAUCAAACUGAAUUAUUUUUCUAUUAGAUGUAAUUACUCAUUCUUGAAAACAAGUCUAACCUCUUAAGACUGCAAAAAAACAACAAUUUGGAUAUUUUAGACCAUUUCUUUCUAACAUCAGCACUGACCUCUUUGGGAAUUUACCAGUGUUGGUCAAAGGUUAAAUCUCUGCGAUAUAUAUUUUCAUGAAUGAAACUUUUGGAUAAACACUGAGCCGGUGAUGACAACUCAUCCCUGCACUUGCUGAAGAAUGAAAGACUGAUGCUAGUGAUGAUCUUUAGCUGUCAUAUUCAAACUUUAACAUUUCAAACUGAAACAAUCUCUCCAGUUUAGCCUGUGAUGCUUUUAAAUUAUCAUUCGAACUUGUGUUUUUACUUGAUGAUUAAAGAUUUUCUUCAAAUUUUGCACUUUGUCCCUUAAAUCUUAAAGUGUGUUGCUAAUCAAAAUCCAAACUGAUAACCCUGAUAUUUUUCUGGUCCUGUUUCAAGUAUUAUGAGGAAAACAUUUUUAAAAAGGACAUUUUAAUUAGCUAGUUCAAGGGGGGAUGGUUCAAAAGUUAGAGAAAUUAGCACUGUCAUUUACAGAUUAUGUUUAUAAAAGGUUGUCCAGAAUAUUCAGUCUCUGCCGCUUGUCAGUAAAUUGUAAAUUCAACUGUA